AUGGAAUCAGAGCACUACCACUAUGGCGUGCAAAGUUUUAAUGCUGAGGACACGACCCUUAUGGCUGGUGACACCUUCAACUUCAGCGUUAGAGUUUCAUCUUACUCAAUGGACUCACAUGCAGAACGUUUACUAUACCAAUCUCCAUCUCAAUGCAUACCUUGCCACAGCUUUUUCCAUGAGGGUCAACAUUUGUUAAGAACACUUUUGUCACCCUUGCACUUGUCCAAUGAAACUCUUGGGGAAAUAACACAAGGGGCUAUAGCCCUUGUUCAAGAAAUGUUCCAAGUUGAUCGUGAAGUUGUUCUUCCUCCUCCUCCUUUGGAAUCUCAACACCGAGAGAUCUCUUUAUGCUUGGAAAUUCUACGAAUAGAUGAUGAUGAUGAUGGUGAUGAUGUUGGUGCAGUGUUGGAGGAGUCCAUGCAGUGUUUCAGAAUGGUUCCUGCGUCCAAUGAAGCCAUUAAGACAUCGUUGAAGAAAUCCACGGUUAUGGUUGAGGGUGAGGGUUGUUCUAUAUGCCUUGAAGAGAUGGAUGUCAAUGAUGAAUGCUACACAAUGCCAUGCCAUCAUGGCUUUCAUCCACAGUGUAUUGUCACUUGGCUUAAAACUAGUCAUAUGUGUCCCUUGUGUCGCUUCCCUUUGCCAACCCUCAAGAACUAG